AUGGCGAGCUCCUCGGUCGUCGGCGAGCGGCGCUCGGCCUCGCCGACGCAGGCGCAGCAGCCCGAGGAGCCGCUCGAUGCUCAGCUUGAGGAGCGGGUGCAGCACCUCGUGCGCCAGCCCAUCCAGCGUCUCGACGAGGCGGUUGUCAACCGCAUCGCUGCCGGCGAGAUCAUCCAUCGGCCGGCCAACGCGCUCAAGGAGCUCAUCGAGAACAGUCUCGACGCCGGCGCCACGCUCAUCAAGAUCACGCUCAAGGAAGGCGGCCUCAAGUCGCUGCAGAUCCAGGACAAUGGCUGCGGCGUCAGAGAGUCCGACCUGCCGCUGCUGGCGGAGCGCUUCGCCACGUCCAAGCUGCGCAACUUCGAUGAUCUCUCGCGCAUGUCCACCUUUGGCUUUCGCGGCGAGGCACUGGCCAGCAUCAGCUACGUGAGCGCCUCAAUGCGCGUCGUCAGCAAGACGAAGGACGCUGCGUGUGCCUACCAGGCGUCGUAUGCAUGCGGCGCACUCGUGCCGCCCAAGCCCGGCCAGUCCUCUGCGCCGCGGCCAUGCGCAGGCACAGACGGCACGCUCAUCACGGCCGAGGAUCUCUUCUUCAACGUGCCGCAGCGCCUGCGCGCCCUCAAGAGCGCCACGGAGGAGUACAACCGCGCCCUCGACGUGGCGGCCAAGUAUGCGCUGCACUACGGCGGACGAGGCGUUGGGUUCGUCUGUCGCAAGGCCUCUUCGAAUGUCGCCGAUCUCAGCACGCCCGCCUCUCCUUCGACCAAGACGAUCGACGCCAUCCGUGCUCUGCACGGCAGUGCGGUCUCGCGCGAGCUGCUGCACCUCACGCCGCUGCGCAAUGAGCGCCUCGGCUUCUCCGUCGAGGGCUACAUCAGCGGAGCCAAUUGGAGCGCCAAGAAGACGACGUUCCUGUGCUUCAUCAACGAUCGUCUGGUGGACUGCCCGGGUCUCAAGAAGUCAUUCGAGGCGCUCUACUCGGCUUUCCUGCCGCGCGGUGGCCACCCGUGGCUGUACAUCGCUCUCAAGAUCGCGCCAGAGAAGGUCGACGUCAAUGUGCACCCGACAAAGAGCGAGGUGCACUUCCUGGACGAGGAGGACGUCAUCGAGGAGGUCUGCGCACACGCACAGGACGUGCUCUCGGGCUCCAACUCCAGCCGCACCUUCGAGUUCAGCCAAGCCACGUUGCCGGGAGCGCCGCCGCCCGAGACCGCAAAAGGCAAGGCUCGUGAGACGCAAACAGGGCCGAUGUCGACGCAGAAGGGCUAUCCUCAGCACCAGGUCCGCACCGACGCCUCUUCCCGUACGCUGCAGGCGAUGGGCUUCACUGCAACGCGGCGAGAGGACAACACAGAAGUGCUAGAGGAGGCAGGAAGCGACGACCAGCCGCGUGCCGAGGGCUCGAAGAGCAAUGGCGCUGCAAAAGUGCCUGAAAGCGAAUGCCUGUUGACGAGCGUGCGCGAGCUGCGCCGAGAAGCGGUCAAGUCGCGCCACAAUGGGCUGAGCGAGGUGCUCCGAGGGCACGCCUUCGUCGGCGUUGUGGAUCUCGACAUGGGUCUGUCGCUCGUGCAGCACGAGACGAAGCUGUACCUCGUCAACCACGCUGCCAUCAUCGAGGAGUUCGCAUACCAGCUCGUGCUUCGCCAGUUCGGCAGCUUAGGUCGCUUCCGUCUCGAGCCGCCACCAAGCAUCCGAGACCUCAUUCGGAUAGGCGUCGAGGCCGAGCCCGAUGCUGACGAGGCGGGCAUGAGCGUUGACGACAUCGUUGAGCGCAUCGCGCUGCUGCUGAUCGCGCGCGCCGAGAUGCUCGACGAGUACUUCUCUCUGCGUAUCGAUGCAGACUCGGGCACGCUGCACACCAUCCCGUCUGUGCUCUCCUCGCGUGCACCCUUGGCGCUCGACCGACUGCCGACGCUACUCUUGCGCCUCGGCCCGCAAGUGGACUGGACAGACGAGAAGGAGUGCUUCCGCAGCAUCGCGAGGGAGAUCGCCUUUGCUCACGUUCCGCCUUCGGCCGGCAACGAGGCGCGCGACUCGCUUGACGGCAUCGAGCAGGAAGCGCGGGCCGAGGAGCACUUCAAUGUCCAGCACGUCUGGUUCAGCGCCAUGCGCCGUGUGCCCUGGGUGGCGCCGAAGCAGCUGCUCGAGCGCGACGUCGUACAAGUCGCAUCGCUUCCUGACCUAUACCGCGUCUUCGAGCGAUGCUAG